AUGACUCCUUCUUCCUCCUCUUCUCGUAACUGGUUAUACGAUGUCUUCCUGAGCUUCAGCGGGGAAGACAUCCGCAAAAACUUCCUCACCCACUUCCUCAAGGAGCUUGAUCGGAAAUUGAUCUCUUGUUUCAAGGACAGUGAGAUCGAGAGAAGCCACUCCAUCUGGCCGGAGCUAGUACAGGCGAUUAGGGGUUCGAAGAUCGCCGUGGUCGUGUUCUCCAAAAACUACGCCUUUUCAAGCUGGUGCCUUAACGAAUUGCUAGAGAUCUUGAAUUGCAAGGAAGAGUUUGGUCAGAUAGUGAUACCGGUUUUCUACGGUUUGGAUCCUUCCGAUGUGAGGAAACAGACGGGAGACUUUGGAAAGAUCUUUGAGAAGACUUGCAAUAACAAAACAGAGGAAGUGAAAAAUCGAUGGAAGGAGGCUCUGACCGAUGUAGCUAAUAUCCUUGGAUACCAUCCACAGAACUGCGAUGAUGGCGAAGCUACACUGAUUGAAAAAAUCGUCAAUGAUGUUUUGAGUAAAUUGAGCUUAACCCCGUCAAACGAUUUUGAGGAGUUUCCUGGUCUCGAAGAUCAUAUCGCAGAGAUGAGUUUGUUGUUGGAUUUAGAAUCCGAGGAUGUGAGGAUGGUUGGGAUAUGGGGUCCCCCAGGAAUUGGCAAGACUACCAUAGCAAGAGCUUUGUUUAGUCGACUCUCUCGUCGUUACCAAGGUAGCAUAUUUAUAGACAGUGCUACCGUAUCUAAGAGUAUAAGAAAAUAUAGUAAAGCCAACACUGACGACUACAACAUGAAGUUGCAUUUACAGAAGACAUUUCUCUCUAAGUUAUUAAAUAUAAAAGACGCAAAGGUAGAUCACUUAGGCGCAGUGAGAGAUAGGCUAAAGGACAUGAAAGUUCUUAUCCUUAUUGAUGAUUUGGAUGAUAAAGUGGUCUUGGAUACCUUGGUGGGUCAAAAUGAAUGGUUUGGACGUGGGAGCAGAAUCAUUGUGGUCACGAACGAUAAACAUCUUUUAAGGUCCCAUGGGAUUGACUGUAUUUACGAGGUUGGUAUCCCAUCUGAAGAGGUCGCUCUUGAGAUAUUCUGUAGAAAUGCUUUCAAGAAAAAAUCUCCACCUGAAGGUUUCGAGAAGCUUUCUGUUGAAGUUGCAAGCCAUGUUGGUAGUCUUCCCCUGGGUCUUCAAGUUUUGGGUUCGUCUCUGCGGGGAAUGGACAAGAGGAGUGGGUGGCAGCGAUGCUAA